CCUCGGUCAGUUUCUCUGAGCAGACGCAUCAGACGGCAGCGUCGAUGACCAAAUGCCCGGGCCGCCCCACGACGAACGCAGGACCCGCACUGCUGCACGAGAUGCCGAAUUCUGCACGUCAGACACGCAAAGCAGCAAGACAGAAUGGGACCGCGUUGGCUAUUCAGGAGGAACCGCAGUGGAGAGGGAACUGCAGAAGCUUGGCGUUGGUGUGGCGAAGCCGUCGCAGGUGCACUGGAACCGGGUUUCGGUGCUCACACCCACCACGGCGGCGCGCGCCGCCUUUCACGCGCAGCUGUGGCAAUGCUUCAGUGCACAGACUUGGCCCAACAAGGAGCUGGUGGUCGUGGAGACGUACGAUUCGACCGUCGAGCAACCAUCCUCGUUCUUUCAAGACCUCAAAGAUGAUCGCCUGGUCCAUGUGGCGCUGGCCCAUGAUCUGAACGUUGGCCUGAAGCGAAACAUUUCGGUGCUGAUGGCCAGUGGAGAGUAUUGCGUCAACUUCGACGAUGAUGAUUUCUAUGCUGAUGGCUAUGUGGAGCGGAUGGUGGGGGAACUGCAAUUGAGGGGAUUAGGUGCUUUGAAGCUCUCAGCCUGGCACAACUAUUUCGAGUCCACCGGGCGCUGUGGCUAUUCCACGCCACACACCUGGAAGGAGGACGAAGAGCGGGACAACAAUGUCUUCGGCUAUGGCUUCAGUUAUGUCUAUCGGCGAGAACUGGCGCUGGCCUAUCCCUAUCCUCACCUGGACUUUGGUGAGGAUGCGCCCUUUAUGUUGAAGCUUCGCGAUGGAUGCCGUGUGGGGCUGAUGGAGGAUUUGGAGGGCGUUUGCCUGCACCUCGUGCAUCGCCACAGCAGCACCAUGGAUCCAGAGGUCUCCCGGAUACUCCCUCAGGAGGAGCUGGAAGACUUGGAGGUGGCAGACUCCCAGGCCUUUCAGCACUUCAUCUCUUCGCGACGCUCCUGGUGGUGCUGCGACGUCUGAGGAGGCUCGGAGCAGCUCGGUCUCGGGUCCUUUGACCCCGGCUGCAUCCCGUGGAAGAUGCUGACGGGGCAGGUCCUCCGCCCAUCUAAACGAAGUCGACCACUCUCGUGGUGACGACGGAUCGAACUGCAUCGAUGCAUGGCCGAUGUGAUGGAAAGUGAUGCCAAGGAGUCGAAAGAUGAGAGAUGUGAUCAGACAUCGGUCGUCGUGAGGAUCGGGUUGGUCGUUAAGGAGAACAACCUGCCGAAGGUGAGGGGAUCAAGCGCAGCCUGCU